AUGAGUGCAUUGGCUAGUUGUACCUCCUUCAAACAAGCUUUGGGAGAUUACGUCAGUCAACCAGAAAGUGCCUACUCUUACAAGUUAAUUGGUUCUAGAACCAUUACUGGAGCAACAAUUUACACCUUGAAUGUUACUUCAUUAACUUGGUUGCCAACCUCAGAAGUUGGUGCUGCCAACACUUGGUUCCACUAUGUUGAAAUUACCAUUCCAAACAAUUUGAAUAAGAAUAAUCAUGAAAGUUUAUUCUUCAUUACUAAUGGUGAUAACAAUGUUGCUGUUCCUGGUGCCACUGAUGCCUCUGCCUCUCCAAUUUAUGUUCCUUCCUUCAUGUAUAGUACUGCUGUAGCUACAAAGAGUGUUACUGCUAUUGUUUAUAUGAUUCCAAAUCAACCAAUUACUUAUAAUUCUGAUCCAACUUUGGCUAGUCGUGUUGAAGAUGCUAUUAUUGGUUAUGGAUGGAAUCGUUUCAUGAGCAAUACUACAAAUAGUAAUCUUUUAUAUGUUACUCAAUUGCCUCAAGUUAAGGGAAGUAAGAUGGCCAUGGAUGCUGUUGUUUCAUUUGUUAAGAAACAAGCUAAUCAUGUCAUUGACCAAUUCACUGUCAGUGGUGCUUCAAAGAGAGGUUGGACAACCAUUCUUUUGGCUGCUGUUGAUAGCCGUGUUGCUGCCAUUGCUCCAAUGGUCAUUCCAGUAUUCGGAACUAAGGAUUUCAUUGUCAGAACAUACAAUAACUUGUGUGCUUGGCCUUGGGCUUUCUAUGAUUAUGUCAGUAAUGGAGUUACUGAUAAGCUUUUCAAUAAUGUUUUUGAAAGUUUGACCGACAUUGUUGAUCCAUUGAAUUACAAUAGAUUGAAGAAUAUUCCAAAGUAUCAAAUUCUCUCAUUGGGUGAUGAAUUCUUUGCUCCUGAUCUCAAUAACCUUGCCUACUCAAAGAUUAAGGGUGAAAAGUAUGUCCGUUUCAUUCCAAACACUGGUCACUUGAUGUUGAACUCUGACGUCUUACCAGUUCUCGGUUCCUUCUACGCCUCCAGAUUGGCCAACACUGUCCUUCCAAAGUAUACCUUCUCUCACGAAUUUGUCGAUAACGGUGUUAUUAUCUAUGUUUCAGUUACUAAUGGUGCCAAGCCAACCUCUGUCAAAUUGUGGAGUGCCACCAAUCCAAGCACUCGUGAUUUCAGAACCUCAACUAUUGGUGCUGAUGUCUGGAAGAACUCAACCUUGGUUGAAGUUAGAGAAUCUGAAUGGCAAGCUUUUGUUAGAAAUCCAACAACUGGUUGGACUACUGCUAUGAUUGAAUUGACUUUUGCUAAUUCUGUCAGCACUGAACCAUUGGUUUUCACAUCAAAUGCUUUCAUUACUCCUGAUACUUUGCCAUGUAAUAUUAGUAAGAAGAAUUUGCCAACUCACAACAUGAUUUAA